CCAAAGGCAACGAUUCCCGCCACACACCGGUCCUUUUCUCCACAACCCACCGUCCUGCCCAGCAACAUCGGCCAAGAGCCACCGACCGACUUUAAAGCUCAAGCACAUCUUCUCGUUAAUUUCUCCUCAGGCUACCUCAGUCGUGGCGUGUCAUCCCAGACCGCUUCUUGCCGCGCGUCCGUCUGAGCCAGCAAGGCCCAGACGUCCCUCGGAUACCAAACAUGGUGCCAGCUCUGCGAUCGGGGAUGCCAUCCCAACCCGACCGUGAUGACAUCAACAAGACCUGGCUGUACCUCCAGGACGGCAUCGACCGCAUCAUGGACAACUUGCAGGAUGGCAUCGACAUGCAGACGGUAUGGCCAUGUCCUAUCUAAUCUAUAUAUUCCAGGACAAUGCUAAUCACCUGGCGCUUGCAGUACAUGGGAAUCUACACGGCUGUUCACAACUUCUGUACCUCACAGAAGGCCGUCGGAUUCACUCCACACCAGAAUAUCAGUACGGGUGCCCACCGUGGAGCUCACCUUCUCGGAGAGGACCUCUACAAUAAGCUCAUCGAUUAUCUGACGCGCCGUUUGGAGAAGCUUUACGAAGAAUCCAGAUCCCAUACCGAUGAGGCUCUACUGGCCUUUUACAUCAAGCAAUGGAGCCGUUACACGGUUGCCGCAAAAUACACCCACCACCUCUUCCGCUACCUCAACCGGCAUUGGGUGAAGCGUGAGAUGGACGAAGGGAAGAAGCACAUCUACGACGUCUAUACUCUCCAUCUGGUCCAGUGGCGCACUGUGCUGUUUUCAAAGGUUUCGGGAAGAGUUAUGAACGCGGUCCUGAAACUCGUGGAGAAGCAGCGCAACGGCGAGACUAUCGAGUACGGCCAGAUCAAGCAAGUUGUCGACUCCUUUGUCUCCUUGGGCCUGGACGACGCCGAUCCCUCGAAGACGACCCUCGAUGUAUACCGGUACCAUUUCGAACGCCCCUUCUUGGAGGGCACGAGAGAAUUCUACAUGGCCGAGAGCAAGCAAUUUGUAGCCGAGAAUAGCGUCGUCGAGUACAUGAAGAAGGCCGAGGCCCGCCUGGACGAAGAGGAGGAGCGGGUGAAGAUGUUCCUGCACGCGGAUAUAGCGAUUCCAUUGAAGAAGGCCUGUAACCAGGUCCUCAUUGCCGACCACUCCAACCUCCUCCGCGAGGAAUUCCAGGGCUUGCUGGAUACCGACAGGGAGGAAGAUAUGGGGCGCAUGUACAGCUUACUUGCGCGGAUUCCUGACGGCCUGACUCCUCUCCGGCAAAAGUUCGAGGCCCAUGUGCGGACCGCGGGUCUGGCAGCGGUCACCAAGGUGUCCUCGGAUGCAGAGAAGCUCGAGCCAAAGGUCUACGUGGACGCUCUGCUUGAGAUCCACAGCCACUACCAAAACCUUGUCAAGAAGGCCUUCAGCGACGAGGCAGAGUUCACCAGGUCUCUGGAUAAUGCUUGCAGAGAAUUCGUCAACAGAAAUGACGUGUGUAAGUCGGGGUCGAACAAGUCACCCGAGCUCUUGGCCAAAUACACCGACAUCCUCCUUCGCAAGGGCGGUACAGGCAUAGGAGAAGCCGAGUUGGAGAAUACUCUCACACGGAUAAUGACUGUCUUCAAGUACAUCGAUGACAAGGAUGUCUUCCAGAAGUUCUACUCGCGUAUGCUUGCACGGCGACUUGUGCAUAGCAACUCGUCCUCGGACGACGCCGAGACCAGCAUGAUCAGCAAGCUGAAGGAGGCUUGCGGUUUUGAGUACACCAACAAGCUCCAGAGGAUGUUCCAGGAUAUGCAGAUAUCCAAGGAUCUGAACGCCGGGUUCAAAGAACACACCCAGGGCUUGGACAGCAAGGUUCUCGAUUCCCAGUACUCCAUCCUUGGCACCGGGUUCUGGCCGUUGACGCCCCCAAACACGACCUUCAACCCGCCGAUCGAGAUCUCGAUGGAUUGCGAGCGGUUCUCACGAUUCUACAAGAAUAAGCACGAGGGCCGGAAGCUUACUUGGCUGUGGCAGCUCUGCAAAGGUGAAGUCAAGGCGACCUACUGCAAGAACACGAAGACCCCCUACACCUUCCAGGUUUCUCUGUAUCAGAUGGCCAUCCUCCUUCUGUUCAAUGACAAGGACCAGCACACUUAUGAGGAUAUUGCGUCGACUACACAGCUCAACGCCGACGCGCUGGAUCCAUCUCUCUCCAUCCUAUGCAAGGCCAAAGUACUCAUCCCGAAGCCCGACGGCGACAAGGUUGGCCCGGGCAAGACUUUCCGCCUAAACUAUGACUUCAAGAGUAAGAAAGUCCGAGUAAACUUGAACGUCGGCAUGAAGUCGGAAUCGAAGCAAGAGGAGGUUGAGACGAACAAGACGAUCGAGGAAGACCGCAAGCUUCUUCUACAGUCUGCCAUCGUGCGUAUCAUGAAGGCGCGGAAGCGCAUGACUUAUCAGCAACUCCUUCUCGAGACUGCGCAUCAGAUCCGUCAUCGAUUUGUGCCACCAGUCGCGGAUAUCAAGAAGUGCGUCGAGAUCCUCCUCGACAAGGAAUAUCUCGAACGACUCGACGACGACGAACUCGGUUAUCUGGCAUAGACAGACUGCUUUUUGACGUGGCCAUUGCGCGUUUCCUUUGCUCGCGCUCCCUGAAUAUGUAUCAUCUUCUCAGAACUGCUUUCCCUCCCGGCCGCCCCGUGUCUAGGUCUGCAUCACCCUAACCCGCUCAGCAUAGAGUC